CUAUCCCGCCCUCAAAAGCCUCCGCCGGCGCCGUCCGCUUCCUCCCGCGCCGGUCUCUCCUCAGAGCUGCUCCUCUUCGUUCCUUUUUCUGUCUCUCGUUCAUCAUGACUCUCUCGAGCGACGCGGCCUUCCAGAAGCUGCGGGAGUGGCACAAGGCCCACGCCGCCCAGCUCGUCCUGAGGCAACUCUUCGACGCCGACAAGGAGCGCUUCCGGAAGUUCAGCUUGACUCUUAACACCGAUCAUGGGGACAUCCUGGUUGACUAUUCGAAGAACCUCAUCAAUGAAGAUGUCAUGAAGCUGUUGAUUGACGUGGCAAAAUCCAGGGGUGUUGAAAAAGCCCGAGAGCAAAUGUUCAGCGGGGAGAAGAUCAACUUCACCGAGAACCGCGCCGUGCUCCACAUCGCGCUGCGGAAUCGCUCCAACACUCCCAUCUUGGUGGACGGCAAAGACGUGGUUCCGGAAGUGAACAAAGUGCUGGAGAAGAUGAAGGGUUUCUGCCAGAAAGUUCGCAGCGGGGACUGGAAAGGCUACACUGGGAAAGCCAUGACGGACGUGGUCAACGUUGGGAUUGGCGGGUCGGACCUGGGCCCCCUGAUGGUGACUGAAGCCCUGAAGCCCUACUCCAAGGGCGGCCCCCGCGUCUGGUUCGUGUCCAACAUCGACGGCACGCACAUGGCCAAGACACUGGCCGAGCUCAACCCGGAGACCACGCUCUUCAUCAUCGCCUCCAAGACUUUCACCACUCAAGAGACCAUCACCAACGCGGAGACGGCCAAGGAGUGGUUCCUGAAGGCGGCGAAAGAUCCUGCUGCCGUGGCCAAGCAUUUCGUGGCUCUUUCUACCAAUGGGCCUAAAGUGAAAGAUUUUGGGAUCGACACUCAGAACAUGUUCGAGUUUUGGGACUGGGUCGGGGGCCGUUAUUCCCUGUGGUCGGCCAUUGGCCUCUCCAUCGCCCUGCACAUUGGUUUUGACAACUUUGAGAAAUUGCUUGCUGGAGCCCACUGGAUGGACAACCACUUCCGCAAGACUCCGCUGGAGAAGAACGUCCCUGUGGUGCUGGCCAUGCUGGGCGUGUGGUACAUCAACUGCUAUGGGACCGAGACCCAUGCGCUCCUGCCCUACGACCAAUACAUGCACCGCUUCGCAGCUUACUUCCAGCAGGGAGACAUGGAAUCCAACGGGAAGUACAUCACCAAGAAGGGCGCCCGGGUGAACUACAACACCGGGCCCAUCGUGUGGGGCGAACCGGGAACCAACGGCCAGCACGCCUUCUACCAGCUGAUCCACCAAGGUGAAGGCCCAGAAGGCCACCAUGACAUCCUUCUGGCCAACUUCCUGGCCCAGACGGAGGCCUUGAUGAAGGGGAAGACGACCGACGAAGCCCGCCAGGAGCUCCAGGCUGCCGGGAUGAGCGGAGACGCUCUGGAGAAGCUCCUUCCCCACAAGGUACACGGGACUCAACGUCUUCCCACCAACUCCAUUGUGUUUACUAAGCUGAAUCCCUUCAUGCUGGGAGCCUUAAUUGCCAUGUAUGAACACAAGAUCUUUGUCCAAGGGGUCGUGUGGGAUAUCAACAGCUACGACCAAUGGGGGGUGGAGCUGGGCAAGCAGCUGGCCAAGAAGAUUGAGCCGGAGCUGUCCUCGGACGCCCCCGUCACCUCCCACGACUCCUCCACCAACGGCCUCAUCGGCUUCAUCCAGAAGCACCGCGCCUGAAGCCUAUGCGCCACGGGGAGCGGCGGCGGCGCCAACACCCGACACCACACGCCACAGCCGCCGAGGUCCAUGUUGUAGUUGCUGCUUCCGUUCUGCCCCUCCGGCUUGGGGGGAGAUGUCGCACUUUGCACCCGUUCUCUUUGUCACCGGUUGUCGACGGUUAGCUUCGUUUCGGAAAAGCCUCGUUGUUGUUGUUUGUGUGUUUAUGGCAGCAGAGAUUGUAGGACGCACCGGGCCCUGCGUCACCUGAGCGUACGCACACCUGGCAGUCGAAAUACCCUUUUGCCCCUCACGUAGUGAGCCAGGUGAGGAAAAACCCAGCCUUCCUUGUACCAGGUUAUAACAGAAUUAACAAAACACGUCUAUCA